UUUAUCACUUUUGUUACUUCCAGAAGCUGCAAUCAGUGACAAGAGGCAACACCAAAGUGGCAGUUGGACAUACUACAUAGCUCACUGCACUUGUAAAGAGUGUGUAAAAGAUUUUGUAUACAUAUACGUGUAUUUAAUAAGAUGAGGUAAAAGUAUACAGUAUAUGCCUUGGAAAAUCAUAAGAACAGAAUGUCUCUUAUAGAGGGUUUUGGUGACGAAGUAACAAUUUUUUUGGUGAUUGUACUGAUUCUACUCAUAGUGUGUUUAGCAUGGAUUUCAACAAACAUAAGAGACAUUCCAUUUUUUAGUGUGAUAAUAAUUGAAUUAACUCAUAGAAGAAAUAGGGAUGCAGAGAAUGCCAAUCAGACUGAAGUUCCGAGUUCAACAGAGGUCACUCCAUCAAACUCAGACAACCAAACGACUUCUGAAAUUGAAGCUCAAAGCAAUUUGGAUGGGUCGGAUGUAAGAGCCACUGAAACUAGUCCCGUCACACCUUGUCCAAGUGAAAUUUCAUCUGAAAUUGGUCAAAAUGGUCAGAAUAAUGAAACACCUCAAGAGGAGGAGACAGAUGAAAAAUUCGAGUCUGCACAGAGACAAUUACCGCAGGAAAGCAAAACCGAUAGCAUAGACCUCUCCAGGGAUUUAAGUGAAUCAGAACUGCGACAAAGGCGAUUAAAUUUCUUUCAAGGAAAUAAAGAUGGUGCUACCAUUUCAAAUGCCCAAACUUUGACAGACAGCUCAAACUCAACUCAGAGAUCUAGUCCUUCAGAACCCACUAACAUACAACAGGAAACAACACCUGAUUCAAAUCCACCAGAUUCAGUUCAGAGUGAAUCUGUGCAGACCCAAGAAACUGAUGCAGAGACAGGGUUGAUCACUGUGAGAUUAAAAUAUUUGAAUGAUACCCAAAGAAAUGUUACAGCAGCACCAAAUGUCACCAUUGGGCAGUUCAGGAGGGACAACUUUGCCACAGAACUUUCAGAGAAUAAGCUUGUAAGGUUCAUCUUCAAUGGACAAGAUUUACGCAAUGACUCCAACACCCUCCAAAAUUACAACAUCGGAAACAACAGCGUUGUCCACUGCCUAAUCACUCCAAUCAAUCAGCAGGCCCCUCAGCAGAGACAAGAAAUGGAGGGAAGCUGUGACCUUGGAGUCAUCAUCCUGCCCAUCUUUGGUCUCAUCCUGUGCUUCGUGUGGUACCUGCGGUUUGAGUACAGACAUUUUUUUACUGCCACUUCCACGUUUAUGUUGAUUGGAUUGACAUUUUUGUUCAUUGCAGCUGUUUUAGCGUCUUGGGACAGUCAGAGACAUAGGGAACAGGUUCCCCAUGAGCAUAUUGAGUAAAGUUUGCAUCCUGUGAUUAUCUGGGACCGUUUUGUGAUUUUUAAGUUUCUGGUAUAUGUUUUAUGGAUGUGUAUAAUGAACGUUUUCAUGAAUACUGUGUAUACAUAUAUGCACUUUUGUUUGCUUUUGUUUCCUGUUAUUCGGAAAUAUGGGUAAUUAAACCUCAGUCGCCUGAUCCAAUGAAGUCCUAUAUGCUAUUAAAUUAAAACUGAUUUGAAAUAUAUAGCCUUAAUGGUAAAUUACUCGGUGGUAGAUAGCAUAAUAAUUGCCACAGAAAUUUGAAUACAGGUACCUAUCGAUGAUAUGAAUAAUUUCUUUGUUAAGGUUUAGUUCGCUGGUCAAUAAUUAUUACGGUAUUUGUUUACAGUGAUCAGCAUUUUCCUGUAGGAUCAAACUAAUGACCUCGAGCGGAAGGCAACAUUUCAACAAAAUCUUUACGUUUUUCUCUACUUGAAAUCAAUAAUACUUAAAGAUGCCAUUUUGACUGUCAGCCAACAGUAUCUUGACCGUUGUCCUUGAUUAGUGUGUCGACCGAUUGCCUUAAUUUCAGUGGUUCUAUUUGACAGUCCAGAAAAAAUGAAGAUGUAGAACAGAAUAGUUCUAGACUUGGUUCUUGGACAACAGCGGUUUUAGUUGACUCUCAAACAGAUCCAUGAUCAGGUUAAACAAAACUGCUGUUGUCCAUGAACCCAGUCAAUAGCUGUAUGAUGCUCAAGAUCCCUGCCAACAAUUUAUUAUAUUCCUCUUUAUUUAUUUAUUGUACACGUUAAUUUUAUAGCACUCGAUGAGUGACAUUAUAUUGAAUUCUCUCCUAAUUGUCAGUCAUGCUUGAAUUCAUGUAUGACUGCAGACCAUGUGUUAUACAUGUAUCAUUGAUUGAUUGAUUCAGUAGAGGAACUGGUAAGUUUCCAGAACUUGUUUCCAAUCCUUUAGUACGUUACCUGGCCAUAAGUGAGUCAUCAAUUUAUUUUUUCACUAUAUAUUUCAUUGAAAAUUACCUUUUUUGAAAAAAAAACUGACUGCAGCAUUACUUGUAGAUAUAUUUAUGGAUAUGAUAUAAAAUAAUACAGGGUUGUUUGUAGUUUCUUCACAUGAUUUUGAAAUAAUAUUAUCUGUAGGUGUUGCGGUGAUAUAUCACAUGUUAAAAGCUAAAUCUAAAUUAUAGUAUUUAGAGGUUUAAAUUUUGCCUUGAUGAUUUUAUAAACUAUUCUCAAUAAUCAUGAUAUCAUAAUUUGCUAAUAGCAUCAUAGGAAAAGAAAAUUUAACAAUUUUGCAUAAGUGAAAAAAUUAGGAAAAUUGGGACUAAAUUGACUUCACAUUAAUUUUCUUCUAAAAAUUGUUUUUUCAAUGAAAUAUAUACUGGGGGGAAAAAGAAAUGAUGAUUCACCAUAUGUUUACUAGUACAUGUAUACAGUAUGUUCGAAUCAUUGUUUGGUAUUUUGGCAAUGCUAGCAAUUAAGCGACAAAUGUGUACGUCAGUCAAAUGUAGUCUGGUUGAUCAGGUUCAAUAUUUGCUGCGCAAACAAAUGAAAUUUAAAAUUUCUUAGAGUUUAGGUUUGUAGCAGAUAAUUAUGAAAGUGUUAAGCACUUAAUUGCUCACAUUGCUGAGAGUAUGUUGUUACUAGUAUUUGUUACUCUGCGUUAUAUUACUGAAGUACACGUACAAUGUAAAUUGUCCGUAAAAUGCAUUAGUUAUAUGUUUGACUACUUGACGUGUGGUCACUAAAGUUGAAUCAGUUGAAUCACCCUUAUCCCUUACAUGCUUAAAUAAAGUUAUUUCUCAAAAAUGACUGAGGUGGUGUGAUUGAAUUUGAAUCGGUCAGAAGAUAUUCCCUUCUGCAGUGUUUCAAUUUAAUAAACAUAUCCCUCGUCUCUGCCUCCAAGUUUUACAUCAAUAUAUCAGUACAUAUAUUUUCGUUAUGGAAUGUUUACCCAUGUUUUCAAUAAAUCUGUUUUCAUUUUUACCAUAUUCUAGCCAUGUUCUUACUGCUUUUCUCCUUUAUUUACAAGUCUUGUUUUAAGAUCAAUAUUCUUAACAGGAAGGUGGAGAACACUCCUAGCAAGGUAGUACUGUUUCUUCUUGGGAAUCAUGACACAUAACUUACAUUACAUGAUAGUUUUUUUCAAACAUUGCCAGAUGUGACAAAAGUGGAGUUUAUAUAUCGAUUUCCUUAUCAAUUCUUGUUGUACAUUUUUUUUUUGUGUUAAUUGAAAUGUCAAUGAAAUUGUACUGUAAACAUGAGAGCGAGAAUUUUUAUUAGAUGUUGUAUUUGAAAUAAAAUCUGGGCAUGACUUGUAAUUGAAGUAAAAUAUGAUUUUACAA